CACGGAGGCGACAAGUAAGCAAAAUGACAUCAGCACUAGCACAACUUCAACUGGGAACGAAAUAAAAGAUAAUCAUGUUGACAAAAAAGAUCAUGGAAAGUCUACUGUAACUACAGAAUAUACUUCUAGCACAAGUUCCAACGCUGUGUCUUCUUUACCUGUGUCUCCAACGCCAAACUUUUAUUAUGCCAAUGGUUACGCUGACCCACAAACUAUCGCUGCCGGUGAAUAUCAAGCUGCCAUGGCUGCAGGAUACGAUCCUAGCGAUCCAAACGUUUUCUCGGCCUAUGGCCAUUAUGGGAUGCAUCCAUCAUAUUCUCAAUAUUAUCCCGCAGACUAUGGGACUGGGUUUCCUGGAACACCGCCUCUUCAAGGGCAGACAUCACCAUCUCUUGCACCACAACCUUUGAGUCCUUACUUUACUGCCACUAGUCCACCGAUUGCUUAUUAUCCCACAUCACCUCAAGUCGGCCCGACUGGGAUUAUCCACUCACCUCCUAUGCAUCCGUAUUUAUAUUCACCACAAUCUCCCUAUGGUGUACUUCAUACGCUCUCGCCUACUCUCUCACAAUCAUCCUCAUCUGCUCCUAAUUCUCCGCCCCCACAAUAUUUACCUGGUCCUGGUGUCCCUUCACCUAAAGCUGGCCCUUUAAAUGGCAAUGGUCGUGGUAGUGUCAACCGCCCCCCUCACUAUAAUUAUGACAGAAGAAAUUCUGGUUCCAAUCAGAUACCUACUCUUCCCAAUUUUAAUAAUCCGACAAAAACUACUAAUAUUUAUAUUCGUGGUUUACCACCUACUACAACUGACGAAUCUUUGCACAAGAUGUGUUCGAUAAAUCUAUGGAUAAUAAUAGUUCUUAAUAUUUUUUUAUUUUUUAAAACUACCAUUAAAAGAUACGGUGCUAUUACUUCAUCGAAGGCUAUUAUAGAUCAAAAACAAGGCGACUGUAAAGGUUACGGUUUUGUUAUGUAUGAAUCUGAAGAUCAAGCCAAACAUGCCAUUGAACAAUUGACGCGAUUGGGAUUGCAAGUUUCCUUCGCCAAGGAUUUAGCUUCUACAAACAUAUAUUUGUCCAAUUUACCAUUGGAUAUGAAUGAACAAGUGAGCAUUGAAACACACCGCGAUUCUGCUUUGGCCAUAAUUCAAAAGUUUAAUGGUUAUCAACUUCCUGGAGCCAAUUUACCUCUGCAAGUUCGAUUUGCCGAUUCUUUGGCACAGAAAAAGUUAAAAGGACAGACUGCUAAGAGGCGCAUGUGGAGAACUAGAGAAUUCCCAUCUUUGGGAGGCUAUUUAUCAAUAAUUUCUUCUUCACAGAGAAUCAUUCCACAAGUUCCUGUUACUCCGGAGCAUAUGUUGGGUAUGGCAACACCUGGCUCUCCACCAGGUCAUGGGGCUUAUCUUCAAUAUUAUUCUGAAGGAGUUCAACCUCCAGGAGCCUAUCCUGCUGGCUCAAUUUCUCCUCCAUUCGGCCCUCAAUAUGUUCCGCGGUAUUAUCAACCGCUUUAUUCGGGACCAAUUUUACACCAUGGAAUGGAAGGUCAAAUAGUGGCUACUGAUACAUCAGCACCGAAUCCGCCUGAGACCUUAACUAAUGACGUUCCUCUGAUAGUCACUAGUGAUCCCACUGAGGAGUUGAGUGAGUUGGUUAAAACGAAGCUGAAUGUUGAUGGCGGUGAGAAUGAUAGUGGAGCUGAAGGAGGAGAUACAAAAUCAUAA